CCCUUAGGAGGAUGAGGACCAGAGUAAAGCAUGCGACGAUAAGAGCCCCUGCUCUGACUGCUAUCCCAAUUAUCAUUCUGAGCGAAGGGGAGGAGGAGGAGGAGGAGGAGGAGGAGGAGGAGGAGGAGGAGGAGGAGGAGGAGGAGGAGGAGGAGGAGGAGGAGGAGGAGGAGGAGGAGGAGGAGGAGGAGGAGGAGGAGGAGGAGGAGGAGGAGGAGGAGGAGGAGGAGGAGGAGGAGGAGGAGGAGGAGGAGGAGGAGGAGGAGGAGGAGGAGGAGGAGGAGGAGGAGGAGGAGGGGACUUAGAAACUCACCAGCUGAAUUGU